UCGGUAGCGCUCCGGUCUGCGCCGCGCUAACAACGCACCGCCGUCAGAAAUGACUGGCGCUCUGGAGUUGUCGGCAAUCGGCAAAGCCGAGGACCGAGAAAUAGUGGUUUGGAAAAGACCUGUCAAACCUCAGAACGAGCGGAACGAUCCGAAGGCAACCCGUCUCCCCACUACGGAAGAAGAGCAAAUAGACUUGAGUGAUGUGGAGAUGGGGGAUGUGGACGAAUAUAAGGAAGUAAAAGCGGACAAGAAAGAAUACCCUCCAAGAAAGCCUGACAGGGAUUUGGAGAUGACGAGUGAAGAGGAGGACGAAGAAGAAGAAGAGGAAGAAGAGGAGGACGAGGAGGAGACUGAGGAAGAGGAAGAAGAGGAGGACGAGGAGGAGACUGAGGAAGAGGAAGAAUCAGAGGAGGAGACCUUGUUAGUGAGAAAGAAGGGAAAGAAGAAGGGGAAUGGGGAGGGAGAAGAGGAUAAGAAAGGGAAAGAAGAAGAAGAAGAAGAAGAAGAAGACUCGGAAGAGGAAGAAGAAGAGGAUGAAGUGGAAGAGGAAGAAGACAGAGAGGACGGAGAGGGAAGGAAGGCCCUGACAACGCACAUAUAAUAGGGAUUCAGGAAACUAAAUUGAAUGCGGAAAAAAUAAGGAACCUAAACUGUUUCUGGGAUGGACCGCAGGUCUGGUCCCCAGCAGAAGGAUCCAGUGGAGGAGUGGCACUAUUAAUCAACAAAAAUCUUGACACUGA